AUGGAUCGAAGAUUUUCAUAUGUAUCAAUCAUAUCAUGGAUAUCAGAAACUAAAACAGAUAUUAUUACUUAUGCAAAUGGUAAUCCGAAAAAUCAAACUCAAGCAAAACUAAGUCAAAUUAAUCAAGACUUCUUAGGUUCAGAUAUCAGUAAAAUAUUUGUUCGAAGACAUCAUAAUGAAUUACAACGUUGUUCACAAUUCUAUUCAUUAGCUAGUAUAUAUAAUGAAACAUUAACAAAAGAUAAACAUUACACCAAAUCAAAUAAUAUCACGAAAAAGUAUUUUAUACGAUUAUUUAGAUGUUUUUCAUAA